AUGAUAAAUAUAAAUUUGCAAAUCCCUUCGUCAAAUAAAAUAGGGUAUGCUAUUAAGUUUCACCAGAAUAAAUAGAUGUCAGAAUUAUUUGACUGGAUCUAUGAUAAUUUCAAUUAGUAUACUUUUAUUUAAGCUCAGGUUCUUCAAAGGGGACAAUAAAAAUAAACUAGAAUUAAAUAAUAAAAACAAGAGACAAACCUUUCGAAGUUCCAAUUAAUUGGUGAGCUCCUGUAUAAGUGAAAAAGAUGUCUUAGAAAUAAAUGAAGUUGAAUCAGAAAUAUCAUUUCUAUCUUUUUGUUUGCAAUCAGAAUUCAAAAAUUUAAAUGUUAAGAUUUAAGAUGAUAUUACCAUUCAAGAACUGAUAGAUUUUGUUUAUAGCAACUUCGAUAUUCCUCUAGAUAUCAAAAUAGAGAUGAUAUAUGAAAACUAAAACCUAUUUAAUUUAAGUAGAAUUUAAAAAUUAGCUAAUCUCAAUGUGGAAAAUGGGGCGACUAUAAAAAUUAAACCUCUCUAUCCUUUGGACAACAACUUAAUAAACCUAUAGCUAAUAUGCAAAGAUAAUGGAAAAAGCUGGAGGUACUAAUUUUAAAAAAGUGACAUCUUAAAUACAGUCAUAAAUAGCGCAUAUAAUUGUUUAGGAUUAGAUGAGUAAUUUAAAUAAAUGUAUUCUAGAAAUUCAGUGGGGUUUAGCAUUGUCAUUAAAAGCAGAAACUAUAAAGGUGAUGCCAAUAAGGAUAGGUAUAAAACAUUAUCUUCCCUUAAACUUGAGGAUGAUGACAUAAUUGAAGUCAGGAUUUUAUACAGUGGAGGAUGAUAUAAUUAAAUAUAUAAGAAGAAGUAGAA